AUGGAUUUCCUGCUGCUCGGUCUCUGUCUAUACUGGCUGCUGAGGAGGCCCUCGGGGGUGGUCUUGUGUCUGCUGGGGGCCUGCUUUCAGAUGCUGCCCGCCGCCCCCAGCGGGUGCCCGCAGCUGUGCCGGUGUGAGGGGCGGCUGCUGUACUGCGAGGCGCUCAACCUCACCGAGGCGCCCCACAACCUGUCCGGCCUGCUGGGCUUGUCCCUCCGCUACAACAGCCUCUCGGAGCUGCGCGCCGGCCAGUUCACGGGGUUAAUGCAGCUCACGUGGCUCUAUCUGGAUCACAAUCACAUCUGCUCGGUGCAGGGGGACGCCUUUCAGAAACUGCGCCGAGUUAAGGAACUCACGCUGAGUUCCAACCAGAUCACCCAACUGGCCAACACCACCUUCCGGCCCAUGCCCAACCUGCGCAGCGUGGACCUCUCGAACAACAAGCUGCAGGCGCUCGCGCCCGACCUCUUCCACGGGCUGCGGAAGCUCACCACGCUGCACAUGCGAGCCAACGCCAUCCAGUUUGUGCCCGUGCGCAUCUUCCAGGACUGUCGUAGCCUCAAGUUUCUCGACAUCGGAUACAAUCAGCUCAAGAGCCUGGCGCGCAACUCUUUCGCCGGCUUGUUCAAGCUCACCGAGCUGCACCUGGAGCACAACGACUUGGUCAAGGUGAACUUCGCCCACUUCCCGCGCCUCAUCUCCCUGCACUCUCUCUGCCUGCGUAGGAACAAGGUGGCCAUUGUGGUCAGCUCGCUGGACUGGGUUUGGAACCUGGAGAAAAUGGACUUGUCGGGCAAUGAGAUCGAGUACAUGGAGCCCCAUGUGUUCGAGACGGUGCCGCACCUGCAGUCCUUGCAGCUGGACUCCAACCGCCUCACCUACAUCGAGCCCCGCAUCCUCAACUCCUGGAAGUCGCUGACGAGCAUCACCUUGACCGGGAACCUGUGGGAUUGCGGUCGUAACGUGUGCGCCCUGGCCUCGUGGCUCAGCAACUUCCAGGGGCGCUACGAUGGCAACUUGCAGUGCGCCAGCCCCGAGUAUGCACAGGGCGAGGACGUCCUGGACGCGGUGUACGCCUUCCACCUGUGCGAGGAUGGGGCCGAGCCCACCAGUGGCCACUUGCUUUCGGCCGUCACCAACCACACUGACCAGGGACCCCCCGCCAGUCCGAUCCCCACGCUCGCGGACAGCCAGGAGGGGCAGCCCGACGGCACGCUGGAGCCUGCCACCGUGGCUCUCCCUGGCGGCGAGCACGCCGAGAACGCGGUACAGAUCCACAAGGUGGUCACGGGCACCAUGGCCCUCAUCUUCUCCUUCCUCAUCGUGGUCCUGGUGCUUUAUGUGUCCUGGAAGUGUUUCCCUGCCAGCCUCAGGCAACUCAGACAGUGCUUUGUCACGCAGCGCAGAAAGCAAAAGCAGAAACAGACCAUGCAUCAGAUGGCUGCCAUGUCUGCCCAGGAAUACUACGUUGAUUACAAACCGAACCACAUUGAGGGAGCCCUGGUGAUCAUCAACGAGUACGGCUCCUGUACCUGCCACCAGCAGCCCGCGAGGGAAUGCGAGGUGUGAUUGUCCCAGUGGCUCUCAACCCGUGCGCUACCAAAUACGUCUGGGCAGCCGGGGCGGGCCGGCGGGCGCCAGGCUGGGGUCUCCUUGUCUGUACUCUAAUGCUCCUUGACUGAAACUGUAAGGGGAUC